AUGUCCGACGUCCAAGAGCGCCUCAAGAAGCUUGGCCUGGGUGCCCGAACUGGGUAUGUUUUUACGCACUUCGACGUUGGAAAGGGCACUCCCCGAAGAAAGGUCAAGCGUGCGCCCGCCCGCUCCGGCGCCGACGACAGGAAGCUUCAGCAGACCCUCAAGAAGCUGAACACUCAGCCCAUCCAGGCCAUUGAGGAGGUCAACAUGUUCAAGUCUGACGGCAACGUCAUUCACUUUGCUGCCCCCAAGGUCCACGCUGCCGUCACCUCCAACACCUUCGCCAUCUACGGCAAUGGUGAGGACAAGGAGCUGACCGAGCUCGUCCCCGGCAUCCUUAACCAGCUCGGCCCCGACUCGCUCGCCUCCCUCCGCAAGCUCGCCGAGAGCUACCAGAACAUGCAGAAGGAGAAGGGUGAGGACGAGGACGACAUCCCCGACCUUGUCGAGGGUGAGAACUUCGAGAGCAAGGUCGAGUAA